AUGUCGCUGCCGCAACGGCCGGGGAAAGUCCCCCCUCGACGGGAGGAGACCCAGGCCUUUCGGGAGUCAUCCCGGCGCAAACGCCGCGAUCCCGACGCCGGGGGUUACUUAAGCGACACGCUCUCAAGCCCGACGUCGCAUCAUCGACACCACCGACGACGUCGCUCCCACAGCGCCCGCAGACAGGAUGCCGACGAAGAACGAGGCGAGGUCAGUGGCGGCGAAGUCCGACGCAAGCGAAGCAUGGUGAAGCCGGAGCGGCGCCGCAUCGACCCCGACCAUCCCAAUUACCACUAUCGUCAACGCUCCCAACACAUGCCCACGCAUCCGUCCACGACGGGCCACGAGCCCUUGAUGGACGGUGAGGCCGACACCAACAGCUCCCAAAGCGCCGAGUACAAAACCAAGGACGCCCUCUACGGCGCCAAGGGCAACGUCAACAAGCCCAUGGAGCGGGUGCCCAGUCGGCACCGGUCCAAGAAACGCCGGUCCUCGCGCAAGGUGACGAAGAAGGAGGCCGCGGCGGAGCGGCGGAGACGCAAGGCGAUGGAGCAGGUGCGUCCGCCCAGUCUCUGGAGCACCUACUGCGCCAUCAUCACCUUCUGGGCUCCCGACUUUGUGCUGCGGUGUUUCGGUAUGCCGCAGAAAGCCCAGCGUAGUGCCUGGCGUGAGAAGAUCGGGCUGAUCAGCAUCAUCCUCUUGAUCGCGGCCUUUGUCGGCUUCCUCACGUUCGGUUUCACUGCGACAGUCUGUGGUACACCUCCGGUUCGGUUAAAGAUCAAUCAGGUUUCGAGUGGCUACAUGAUCUUCCAUGGUAAAGCAUAUGAUCUGUCCCGUUCAAGCCACCCUGCGGCCGUGGGCAUCCCCAGUGGGUCGAACGUGUUGUAUGACUUGCCGCAUAAGUAUGGCGGCCAAGACGGCAGCUUUUUCUUCCAGCAGGUCAAUGGAGCGUGCAAGAACCUCAUCACUCUCGCCGAAGGGUCCGACGUGCCCACAAACUCUGACGGCGAUCUUGCCUGGUACUUUCCCUGCACGGCCUUCAACCAGGAUGGCUCUUCCGUUCCAAAUCUGACCGAGCCGUAUUACCCGGGCUGGGGCUGCCACACGUCAGGUAGCGCGCGGAAAGCGUUCUACAGUCUGGCGGGCUCCGGUGAUGUGUACUUCACGUGGGAAGACACCCGAAAUAAGAGCAGAAACCUGGCGGUUUAUUCUGGGAACGUUUUGGAUUUGGAUCUCCUCCGGUGGUUCAACACCUCCCAGGUGAAGUACCCGUCCAAGUUUGAUGAGCUGCGGGAAAACCCCGAUGUGCGCGGCGUCGACCUUACCUACUACUUCCAGACCGGCGAUGAAAAGAAGAUUGGUAAAUGUCUGUCCCAGAUCAUCAAGGUGGGCAGCAUCGACACCGACACGGUCGGAUGUAUCGCAUCCAAGGUCGUGCUCUACGUUUCCCUGGUCUUCAUCUUGUCGAUCGUUAUUGUCAAGUUUGCCUUUGCGCUGCUCUUCCAGUGGUUCCUUGCGCCCCGAUUCGCCGCGCAGAAAACCAGCAUGGGGACAAACUCAAAAGCUCGCAACCAGCAAAUUGAAGAUUGGUCGAAUGACAUCUACCGCCCUGGUCCUCGUCUCACGGAGCCAGCCUCGGACCGGAUGAGCAAGAGAGCCAGCUUCCUGCCGACAACAUCGCGGUUCUCGAGUCCCUACACCGUGAGCAAUGGCGGGAAACAGCGAACACCAUGGGUCACCAUGGCAAGUCAAAAUUCGGCUUCUCGACUGGUGCCGAACGGGAACUCCUUGUACAAGGGCCACAAUAGCAGCGGUGGUACGCUGAGCCUGGACCCCUCUCGUCAGAACCCAACGGCCAGCCGCACCAGCCUGGUGCCAGAUUCUCGUUUUUCGACGGCUCUCGACGACUCUGCCGGCCUGGGAACCGGCUUCAUUCAUGAACUCGUCGUCCCUCAGCCACCCCCGGAGUGGCAGCCGUAUGGAUUCCCGCUGGCGCAUUCGCUCUGCCUGGUGACCUGUUACUCGGAGGGCGAGGACGGUAUCCGCACCACGCUCGAUUCCAUCGCCAUGACCGAUUACCCUAAUAGCCACAAGACGAUCGUUGUCAUCUGCGACGGCAUGAUCAAAGGUAAAGGAGAGGAGUAUUCGACCCCCGAAAUUGUCCUGCGCAUGAUGCGCGACCCGGUCAUUCCGCAAGACGAAGUCCAGCCUUUCUCGUAUGUCGCUGUGGCUACUGGUUCCAAGAGACACAACAUGGCCAAGGUAUACACCGGCUUUUACGACUAUGGUGAAACGUCGAUCAUCCCACCCGAGAAGCAGCAACGCGUACCGAUGAUGAUCAUUGUGAAGUGCGGCACACCGGCGGAAGCCACUCAGGCGAAACCCGGAAACCGUGGCAAGAGAGACAGUCAGAUCAUCCUCAUGUCGUUCCUGCAGAAGGUGAUGUUCGAUGAGAGAAUGACGGAGCUGGAGUUUGAGAUGUUCAAUGGGCUUUGGCACGUCACGGGGAUAUCGCCCGAUUUCUACGAGGUGGUGCUCAUGGUUGAUGCCGACACCAAGGUCUUUCCGGACAGUCUUACGCACAUGAUUUCCGCGAUGGUCAAGGAUCCGGAGGUGAUGGGUCUCUGUGGCGAGACCAAGAUCGCCAACAAGACCGACAGCUGGGUGACGAUGAUCCAGGUUUUCGAAUAUUUCAUUUCACACCACCAGUCCAAAUCGUUCGAGUCCGUCUUUGGUGGUGUGACCUGUCUCCCCGGAUGUUUUUCGAUGUACCGGAUCAAGGCACCCAAGGGGGGCCAGAACUACUGGGUACCGAUUCUCGCCAAUCCCGACGUCGUUGAACAUUACUCGGAGAAUGUGGUCGACACCUUGCACAAGAAGAACCUGCUCCUUCUGGGAGAGGACCGAUUCCUGUCCACGUUGAUGUUAAAGACGUUCCCCAAGCGAAAGCAGAUCUUCGUCCCUCAGGCGGUCUGCAAAACACAGGUUCCGGACAAAUUCAUGGUGCUGUUGUCUCAGCGCCGUCGGUGGAUCAACAGUACCGUACACAACCUGAUGGAGCUGGUGUUGGUGCGCGAUCUGUGCGGCACGUUCUGCUUCAGUAUGCAAUUCGUCAUCUUCAUCGAGCUGGUCGGUACGUUGGUGCUUCCGGCUGCCAUCGCGUUUACCUUCUACGUCGUGAUCUCGUCUAUCGUCAAGAAGCCGGUGCAAGUGAUCCCGCUGGUGCUGCUGGCGUUGAUUCUCGGUCUCCCGGGUGUGCUCAUUAUCGUGACCGCCCAUCGGCUGGUCUACGUGUGGUGGAUGUUCAUCUACCUGCUCUCGCUACCCAUCUGGAACUUUGUGCUCCCGACGUAUUCCUACUGGAAGUUUGACGACUUCAGCUGGGGAGACACGCGGAAGACGGCGGGCGAGAAAGACAAGGGCCAUGAGGCGGGUGAGGGAGAGUUUGAUAGUAGCAAGAUUACGAUGAAGCGAUGGAGGGAUUUCGAGAAGGACCGCCGGCUUCGCAUGCAAGCCGCAUGGGUACCGCCGCCUCUGCCGCCGAUGGGAGGGUAUGGGGGACAUUACGAGUAUGAUUAUUAG